AAAGAGAAACGCCGCUUUGUUUUUGAAACGCGCGCAUACACACACGCGCGCAUAUAUAUAUUUAUUUAUUUGUUGGACAUAAGCGCGUUUGGAUUCAUAUUUGCAGAGCGGGACGGAUCGGGUGAGCACAACGCCUUUGAGGAAGGAGAUGCCACAGAGCGGCGAGAGCUGUGUGACGCUUCAAAACCAGGGCUUUUCUUGCGCGAUGGACGAGACAUAUUGAUGCUAAGGAACUGGCGAAUUACCACGUUGCGGAGGAGAGAUGUUUUGCAACUGCCGGGGGCUGCUCGGGAGGAUGAAUGCCUCCCGUGGCGUCAUUUCUCGCUUGUAAUAUGUAGGUGAAGCGAGUGCAGCUGUUUGUCGACUAGUGAAGCUCAUAAAAGCAUCGCUCACUGGUCGGAGCCGAGCUCCGGGGACGCUACUAACAUUUCCCACCUUGUAAGUUCUAUGUGACCGGUGCGGUGUCCCACUACGGAGCUGUCCGUGGUGCUGAACGGAUCCGCCAGCCCUUCGGGUCUCCACGAGUUGACCUUCUCUCCAGCGAGCACAGAAAUCACCCCGCCGCAAGGCACACUGUAAGGUGACAAAGGAGGCCACCGCUCAUGAGCUUUUGCCGGGCUUGACUGAGUCAGCCAGACAAUAUUCUCCUUUCAUGGCUGUGGCACGCAAAAUCAAAACUUUGCUGACCGUCAACAUCUUAGUGUUUGUGGGGAUUAUACUGUUCUCGGUGUACUGCAGGAUCCAGGACCGAUCCGAGGAGCUCAUCCAGAUAGGGCGUAUUUCUGACCAGAGGCUGCGAGCCAGAAAUGGCAAAGUUUCCAACUUGGUGGACAGGCAGUCAAUUCUCCAGAGGCUGGAGAGGCUGGAGGAUGUGGUCUACAACCAGUUAAACGGUUUAGCAAAGCCCAUGGGGCUGGUAGAAGGGCCCGGAGGCCUCGGCCAGGGGGGAGCUGCUGCCACUCUGGGAGAAGAUAGCCGCGAUGCCGAGAGGAAGUACGAGGAGUAUGGCUACAAUGCUCAGCUCAGUGAUCGUAUCUCCCUGGACAGGAGCAUCCCAGACUACAGGCCUAAGAACUACAGCUCUACACCUGUUUCUUUCCCCCUGUGGCUGGCUCUGUAG